AUGGAUCAACGACCCGGAUCCUCACAUGAGGACCGUUUGCGAUCCGAAUCUGCCGACUGGGCAGUCAAGUCUGAGCAUGCAGUCAGCUCUCCUCGGAUAGCCGGUUCAGAUCUCGCCUCAGCCACGUUCAAACCAUCGCCAACACCACUCCCUUCAACAGAGGCACCUGACUCCGCGGCCAUGGCCGUGGCGUCCAAGAAGAAAGGCACAGCGACUGGCCUUAAGAAGGUCCCGAAGAGACCAGGGCCUGGCAACUCAAAAAGAAAGAAGAAAGCGAAGACGGGCUCGGCGGCUCCAGGCGUAGACGAUCCGUCCGGAGAGGAGGAAUCCGACAACGGCCCAUAUUGCCUGUGCCGUGGUCCCGACGACCAUCGGUGGAUGAUUUGCUGCGAAAAGUGCGAGGACUGGUUUCACGGGGAGUGUAUCAACAUGAACAAAGAAAUCGGCGAAAACCUCAUUGAGAAGUUCAUAUGCCCAAACUGUACAACCGAGGAUCUUGCUACCAUUUACAAAAAAACGUGUGCGCUGAGAGCUUGUCGCAAAGCGGCGCGUUUGGCGCAAAGUCAACCGAGCGUGUUUUGUUCAGACGAGCAUGUGCAAGUGUGGUGGGAGAGAAUGAUUAGCAGGCUGCCCAAAGGCAGAGCCAAGAAUGGGCUGAAUGACCAGCUGGCGCAGGAUGAGUUUAUGGCGCUCCUCAGCAGCGACAUAGGGAGUAGAGAUGAGGAUGGCAUGUGGAAACUGAUCAAGACGCCCUUUUCGGACGAUCCGACCAACAACAUAGAUGCAGAAGGAGAUGAAGCGCUUUCCAAAUUAUUAAGCGACGAAGAACGAAGGUUCCUUGACGAAGCGGCCAAGGCUCGGUUUGAGCUAGCAGAAGAGACGCUCCUCUGCCACAAAAUGUUUACUCUGAUUGAGCUAGCCCAAGAGCGCAGACGCGCGGCCAUUACUGCUGGACGGUUCGGCGACGACAUUUGCGGCUAUGACUCCAGGUUGGACGCCGUAUCUGCACGAGACGUUUUUUCCGCGUUUAUCAAGUCCCCUGAGGGAGAGGAAGUGUUCAAAAACUCGAAGCUCGACGACCCGCUGGGCGAAGACGACACGAUCAGAGGAAUGUGUGAACGAAAACGCUGCAAGACACACAGCGGUUGGCAAAAGAUGCUGCCCUUGGGCGUAAAGCACCAUAUUCGGGAGAUGGCAGGCCAGGCCGCAGAAGUGGAAGAGGAGGAGCAAAUAGUUCGCAAAGCUGUGGUGGAGCGAUGGAAGAGGAGGCAGGCGGAGAGUAACUGGGUCGAGUCUUUGGAGUAG